GUUUCGUCCCCGUCGCUUCCGGUCCCGCGCGUGGCGGGAGGCGGUCCUCUGCGAUCGGUGGCUGUGAGGGCAGCCCGGCUGUGGGGCGGCUAUAGGGCGGCUAUAGGGCAGCUGUAGACCUACCUAGAGACCCAUAGAUGCUAUGGGGCCACCCCUGGGUGUCUAUGGGGUGCAGUAGGGUGGGGGCAGCCCCAUAGAACCCCCUUUGUGUCCUUCCCAGCUCCCCAUUGACCCCCAACCUCUCCAUCUCCCCCCAGGUCCUCUGCGAUCGGUGGCUGUGCGGGCAGCCCGGCUGUAGGGCGGCUAUAGGGCCGCUAUAGGAUGGCUGUAGGACUCCACAGAGACUCAUAGAAGCUAUGGGGCCACCCCUGUCUGUGUAUGGGGCACUGUGUAUUGGGGCCAGCCCCAUAGAACCCCUUUGUGUCCUUCCCAGGUCCCCACUGCCCCCCAACCUCUCCAUCUCCCCCCCCAGGUCCUCUGCAAUCAGUGGCUGUGACGGCAGCCCGGCUGUAGGGCGGCUAUAGGGCAGCUGUAGGGUACCACAGAGACCUAUAGAUGCUAUGGGGCCACCCCUGGGUUUCCAUGGGGCACACUGUGGAUUAGGGCCAGCCCCACAGAACCCCCUAUGUGUCCUUCCCAGCUCCCCAUUGACCCCCAACCUCUCCAUCUCCCCCCAGGUCCUCUGCGAUCGGUGGCUGUGAGGGCAGCCCGGCUGUGGGGCGGCUAUAGGGCCACUAUAGGGCAGCUGUAGACCUCCAUAGAGACCCAUAGAAGCUAUGGGGCCACCCCUGGGUUUCCAUGGGGCACACUGUGGAUUAGGGUCAGCCCCAUAGAACCCCCUUUGUGUCCUUCCCAGCUCCCCAUUGCCCCCCAACCUCUCCAUCUCCCCCCAGGUCCGCUGCGAUCGGUGGCUGUGCGGGCAGCCCGGCUGUGGGGCGGCUAUAGGGCCGCUAUAGGAUGGCUGUAGGACUCCACAGAGACUCAUAGAAGUUAUGGGGCCACCCCUGUCUGUGUAUGGGGCACUGUGUAUUGGGGCCAGCCCCAUAGAACCUUUUUGUGUCCUUCCCAGCUCCCCAUUGCCCCCCAACCUCUCCAUCUCCCCCCAGGUCCUCUGCAAUCGGUGGCUGUGAGGGCAGCCCGGCUGUAGGGCGGCUAUAGGGCAGCUGUAGGGUACCACAGAGACCUAUAGAUGCUAUGGGGCCACCCCUGGGUUUCCAUGGGGCACACUGUGGAUUAGGGUCAGCCCCAUAGAACCCCUUUGUGUCCUUCCCAGGUCCCCACUGCCCCCCAACCUCUCCAUCUCCCCCCAGGUCCUCUGCGAUCGGUGGCUGUGAGGGCAGCCCGGCUGUGGGGCGGCUAUAGGGCUGCUAUAGGAUGGCUGUAGGGCUCCACAGAGACCCAUAGAGGCUAUGGGGCCACCCCUGGGUGUCUAUGGGGCACUGUGGAGUAGGGCCAGCCCCAUAGAACCCCCUUUGUGUCCUUCCCUGCUCCCCAUUGCCCCCCAACCUCUCCAUCUCCCCCCCAGGUCUGCUGCAAUCAUUAGCUGGGACUGUAGGGCGGCUAUAGGGCCACUAUAGGGCAGCUGUAGACCUCCAUAGAGCCCAUAGAAGCUAUGGGGCCACCCCUGGGCGUGUAUGGGGCACUGUGUAUUGGGGCCAGCCCCAUAGAACCCCUUUGUGUCCUUCCCAGGUCCCCAUUGCCCCCCAACCUCUCCAUCUCCCCCCCCAGGUCCUCUGCAAUCAGUGGCUGUGACGGCAGCCCGGCUGUAGGGCUGCUAUAGGGCAGCUGUAGGGUACCACAGAGACCCAUAGAUGCUAUGGGGCCACCCCUGGGUUUCCAUGGGGCACACUGUGGAUUAGGGUCAGCCCCAUAGAACCCCUUUGUGUCCUUCCCAGCUCCCCAUUGACCCCCAACCUCUACAUCUCCCCCCAGGUCCUCUGCGAUCGGUGGCUGUGACGGCAGCCCGGCUGUAGGGCGACUAUAGGGCAGCUGUAGGGUACCACAGAGACCUAUAGAUGCUAUGGGGCCACCCCUGGGUUUCCAUGGGGCACACUGUGGAUUAGGGUCAGCCCCAUAGAACCCCCUUUGUGUCCUUCCCUGCUCCCCAUUGACCCCCAACCUCUCCAUCUCCCCCCAGGUCCUCUGCGAUCGGUGGCUGUGCGGGCAGCCCGGCUGUGGGGCGGCUAUAGGGCCACUAUAGGGCAGCUGUAGGGCACCAUAGAGAUCCAUAGAUGCUAUGGGGCCACCCCUGGGUGUCUGUGGGGUGCAAUCGGGUGUUGGCAGCCCCAUAGAACCCUCUUUAUGUGCUUCCCAGCUCCCCAUUGACCCCCAACCUCUCCAUCUCCCCCCAGGUCCGCUGCGAUCGGUGGCUGUGCGGGCAGCCCGGCUGUGGGGCGGCUAUAGGGCCACUAUAGGGCAGCUGUAGGGCACCAUAGAGACUCAUAGAAGCUAUGGGGCCACCCCUGUCUGUGUAUGGGGCACUGUGUAUUGGGGCCAGCCCCAUAGAACCCCUUUGUGUCCUUCCCAGGUCCCCAUUGCCCCCCAACCUCUCCAUCUCCCCCCCAGGUCCUCUGCAAUCAGUGGCUGUGACGGCAGCCCGGCUGUAGGGCGGCUAUAGGGCAGCUGUAGGGUACCACAGAGACCUAUAGAUGCUAUGGGGCCACCCCUGGGUUUCCAUGGGGCACACUGUGGAAUAGGGCCAGCCCCACAGAACCCCCUAUGUGUCCUUCCCAGCUCCCCAUUGACCCCCAACCUCUCCAUCUCCCCCCAGGUCCUCUGCGAUCGGUGGCUGUGAGGGCAGCCCGGCUGUGGGGCGGCUAUAGGGCCACUAUAGGGCAGCUGUAGACCUCCAUAGAGACCCAUAGAAGCUAUGGGGCCACCCCUGGGUUUCCAUGGGGCACACUGUGUAUUGGGGCCAGCCCCAUAGGACCCCCUUUGUGUCCUUCCCUGCUCCCCAUUGACCCCCAACCUCUCCAUCUCCCCCCAGGUCCUCUGCGAUCGGUGGCUGUGAUGGCAGCCCGGCUGUAGGGAGGCUAUAGGGCCGCUAUAGGGCAGCUAUAGGGCUCCACAGAGACCCAUAGGUGCUAUGGGGCCACCCUUGGGUUUCCAUGGGGCACACUGUGGAUUAGGACCAGCCCCAUAGGAGCACCUCUGUGUCUUUCUUAGCUCCCCAUUGCCCCCCAACCUCUCCAUCUCCCCCCAGGUCCUCUGCGAUCGGUGGCUGUGAGGGCAGCCCGGCUGUGGGGCGGCUAUAGGGCCACUAUAGGGCAGCUGUAGACCUCCAUAGAGACCCAUAGAAGCUAUGGGGCCACCCCUGGGUUUCCAUGGGGCACACUGUGGAUUAGGGUCAGCCCAUAGAACCCCCUUUGUGUCCUUCCCUGCUCCCCAUUGACCCCCAACCUCUCCAUCUCCCCCCAGGUCCUCUGCAAUCAGUGGCUGUGACGGCAGCCCGGCUGUAGGGCGACUAUAGGGCAGCUGUAGGGUACCACAGAGACCUAUAGAUGCUAUGGGGCCACCCCUGGGUUUCCAUGGGGCACACUGUGGAUUAGGGUCAGCCCCAUAGAACCCCUUUGUGUCCUUCCCAGCUCCCCAUUGACCCCCAACCUCUCCAUCUCCCCCCAGGUCCUCUGCGAUCGGUGGCUGUGAGGGCAGCCCGGCUGUAGGGCGGCUAUAGGGCAGCUGUAGGGUACCACAGAGACCCAUAGAUGCUAUGGGGCCACCCCUGGGUUUCCAUGGGGCACACUGUGGAUUAGGGUCAGCCCCAUAGAACCCCUUUGUGUCCUUCCCAGCUCCCCAUUGACCCCCAACCUCUCCAUCUCCCCCCAGGUCCUCUGCGAUCGGUGGCUGUGAGGGCAGCCCGGCUGUAGGGCGGCUAUAGGGCCGCUAUAGGAUGGCUGUAGGACUCCACAGAGACUCAUAGAAGUUAUGGGGCCACCCCUGUCUGUGUAUGGGGCACUGUGUAUUGGGGCCAGCCCCAUAGAACCUUUUUGUGUCCUUCCCAGCUCCCCAUUGCCCCCCAACCUCUCCAUCUCCCCCCCAGGUCCUCUGCAAUCAGUGGCUGUGACGGCAGCCCGGCUGUAGGGCGGCUAUAGGGCAGCUGUAGGGUACCACAGAGACCCAUAGAUGCUAUGGGGCCACCUCUGGCUUUCCAUGGGGUGUAGUAGGGUGGGGGCAGCCCCAUUGGAGCCCCUUUGUGUCCUUCCCAGCUCCCCAUUGACCCCCAACCUCUCCGUCUCCCCCCAGGUCCGCUGCGAUCGGUGGCUGUGAGGGCAGCCCGGAUGUGGGGCGGCUAUAGGGCGGCUAUAGGGCAGCUGUAGGGCACCAUAGAUACUCAUAGAAGCUAUGGGGCCACCCCUGGGCGUCUAUGGGGCACACUGUGGAUUAGGGCCAGUCCCAUAGAACCCCAUAUGUGUGCAUUCCGGCUCCCCAUUGCCCCCCAACCUCUCCAUCUCCCCCCCAGGUCUGCUGCAAUCAUUAGCUGGGACUGUAGGGCGGCUAUAGGGCCACUAUAGGGCAGCUGUAGACCUCCAUAGAGCCCCAUAGAAGCUAUGGGGCCACCCCUGGGUUUCCAUGGGGCACACUGUGGAUUAGGGUCAGCCCCAUAGGACCCCCUUUGUGUCCUUCCCUGCUCCCCAUUGACCCCCAACCUCUCCAUCUCCCCCAGGUCCGCUGCGAUCGGUGGCUGUGCGGGCAGCCUGGCUGUAGGGCGGCUAUAGGGCCGCUAUAGGAUGGCUGUAGGACUCCACAGAGACUCAUAGAAGCUAUGGGGCCACCCCUGUUUGUGUCCUCUGUGAUCGGUGGCUGUGAGGGCAGCCCGGCUGUGGGGCGGCUAUAGGGCGGCAGUGGGGCGGCAGUGGGGCGGCGCUGUCCCCCCCCCCGAUGUACGCGGUGUACAAGCAGGCCCACCCCCCCACGGGGUUGGAGUUCUGCCUUUACUGCCACUUCUUUGGCACCGCGGAGCGCAACCUGGUGGUGGCCGGCACCUCCCAGCUCUACGUCUACCGCCUCAACCACGACGCUGAGAGCGGAACCAAAGGAGAUCGGAAUGUGGAGGGCCGCGGGCACAAGGAGAAGCUGGAGCUCGUGGCCUCCUUCUCCUUCUUCGGCAACGUCAUGUCCAUGGCCAGCGUGCAGCUGGCCGGAGCCAAGAGGGACGCCCUGCUGCUCAGCUUCAAGGACGCCAAGCUCUCGGUGGUGGAGUACGACCCCGGCACACACGACCUGAAGACGCUCUCGCUGCACUACUUCGAGGAGCCGGAGCUGCGGGACGGCUUCGUGCAGAACGUGCACAUCCCCAAGGUGCGCGUGGACCCCGACGGGCGCUGCGCCGUGAUGCUCAUCUACGGCACGCGCCUGGUGGUGCUGCCCUUCCGCCGCGACUCGCUGGCCGACGAGCACGAAGGCCUGGUGGGAGAGGGGCAGAAGUCGAGCUUCCUGCCCAGCUACAUCAUCGACGUGCGGGAGCUGGACGAGAAGCUGCUCAACAUCAUCGACAUGCAGUUCCUGUGCGGGUACUACGAGCCCACCCUCCUCAUCCUCUUCGAGCCCAACCAGACGUGGCCGGGGCGCGUGGCGGUGCGCCAGGACACGUGCAGCAUCGUGGCCAUCUCGCUGAACAUCAUGCAGAAGGUGCACCCCGUCAUUUGGUCCCUCAGCAAUCUGCCCUUCGACUGCACGCAGGCGUUGGCCGUCCCCAAACCCAUCGGUGGGGUGGUGAUCUUCGCGGUGAACUCCCUGCUGUACCUCAACCAGAGUGUGCCGCCCUACGGCGUCUCCCUCAACAGCCUCACCGCCGGAACCACCGUCUUCCCGCUGCGGCUGCAGGACGGUGUGCGUGUGACGCUGGACUGCGCUCAGGCCGCCUUCAUCUCCUACGACAAAAUGGUCAUCUCCCUGAAGGGCGGCGAGAUGUGAGCGCCGCCGUCACCUCCCGCUGUCACCACGUCCCGCUGUCACCCCCCCAUUGUCACCAC